CAGCCGCUUCCUGUCGGUCCAAAUGUUGAAAUCUGCAAAAACUUUCAGGUUUAGAAGUUAAAUCCAGGACUGAAGGUCCAGCUUUCACUACUGUCUCAUUUCAAAAACAAUCUGCAAUAAUUAUUUCAAGUUUGUUAAUGUUUUAACUAGGGUUAGUGAUUCUGAUUAUUUAUUAGAAAAUAAUCAAUAUGUGAUCCGCUUUUAGCCUAUAAAAGUUCAACUGAUCCAGUAGAGCCUUUUAUCAUUCAUAUUAUAACAGAUUUAUUAAUGUAGCUGUGAAAUCAGCUGAGGUGCAUCGCUGCAGGUAAAGAUUAGGGUGAUGGUUCAGAGUCCGGAGCUCAUCUGAAAACCAGUGAAGAAAUGAAGCUAAAAAAUGUUCUGAUUCCUGCAAACUGAUUAUUCAAUUGUAUAUAAGAGCAGAGCAUAUUCUAAAUUAAUAUCCAUUAUUUUGUUUUAUUAUAUUUUAGAUCAGACAUUUCUUGGUUGACAAACAUUAAAUCUAAAUCUGUCAGGGCUAUGUAUAAUUCUGGAUUAUUCUGUUCAAACAGAGGAUUCAUCAGCUGUGAUAUUUCAGUUUAUUUGAAGUGAAAUUGUUGUUCUGUUCAUAUCUUUGUUUUGUUUUCUGAUAACUGAUUGUUGAAAGUACACACUGAUUCACUAAACGCACAAAACGCAACUUUAAUCUGAUUUCAGUCGUAUAAAGUUUCUCAUAAACUCUGAGGAUUUGUUCUCCAGCUGGAGGAAGUGUCAGGAAGUUUCACCUGUUUUUGUUUCGUGUUUCUGCUCAGCGACAGAAAAGCCCAGUCAUGCUUCCUGUUGGGCUCUGGUCAGACUGGUUUGACUUCUUGGUGAGCUUUUGUUUGUUGUGGUAUUAAAAUCCUCCUCAGCGCCUCGAACGCCUCCUGACUCUGAAACGGAGACAAACGACCCCACCUGGAGGAAACCACACAGUCACACAAAGACCAGAAACUUCCAGCUUCCUUUAACCAGAGCCGACCCGUUCUUAUAAACCUCCGUGUCCCUGACGCACUACUUCCUGCUAGUCAGGAGGGUCAGAGGUCAAACGAGGUGUGAACUUUCCAUGAUGUCCAAGAACUGUUACAAAAUCUCAAAUCAGUAAAAUUCACUUUGCAAAGAUGCCGUUUGACCAACCAGCUGGGUUUUCAUGUCAGAGGUUCUGAUUGCCAUCAGGUUUCUGGCUGAGAUGCAGAGUCAGGCAUGCAGGGAGAAACCGGGCCGUCAGCUGGAGGAACGGCCCGUCCAUCCGGUACCGGUCCUGCCACUGACACUCAGCUAUGACAGAAAUGUAAGGCGUGCUUUCAGUGAAUAACAAUGAUGCUUCAGACCGGAACAGCAGUUUUCUGGAGCGACCGGCUCCGGGCCGCGUCACUCCACCAGCAGACAGCCAGCCAUCCGCACCGGCGCCGCCGGCCCAAACAUGGAGGAGGGAAAGUGCACCACCUUCUUCAUCGGCCUGGCCAUCUUCCUGGACGUGGUCGGCCUCCUGCUGCUCCUCAUCGGCAUCUUCGCUCCGCUGCCCUACUGGGACUUCUUCGUCCUGUCCGGGCCGCUGCUCAUCUUCCUCAGCCUGAUUCUGUGGAUAUUCUGGUACCUGGGGAAUCUGACCGUCUCUGAGGAGGAGCUCAACCUCCGAAAGCCGGACAUCCUGUGACCUCCUCGGCCUGGAUGAGGGCAGAUCGGGUCAGAUCGGGUCAGAUCAGGUCGGAUCAGGUCCAAUCAGGUCAGAUCAGGUCGGAUCAGGUCCAAUCAGGGCGGAUCCGGUCUGAGGCGUCAACAUGAGGAGAGAAUGGAUGGAUCCACAUGAAGCAGCCUGGAAAUCAGGAUUGGUCUCUCUGGAGGCUGACUGAAGGAAAUGGGAUUCAACCUGAACUCUUGUUUCUGGACCAGGAACCAGAACCAGCUUCCCGUCCAACUGGACCUCCAUGAUUCUGACUGUGGUUCUUGUUAUCAGCUGGACGCUUUACAGAACUGAGCCUGGUUGUGUUUCUGAUCCACAUGUUGUCAGUUUGGGUUUAAAUUUCAGCAAGUCGUUGCACAUUUAUGUAUGAAGGACGAUAUUCUGAACUAAAAGUGCUUUGAAAUGACGGGUGUGUGUUUCUUUGUGACCCAAACCAGCCGGACUGGAUCUGCUGCUCGCUUCGCUGAGAUAAUUUUAGAAACAACAAACCGCAGGAAGCUUUUCCAUCAGCUCCACCUACACUGCAAAACAUCGAGUUUUUCACUGUAAAUGUCUAAGAACAUUUAAAAUGAGACUAAACUGAUAAAGAAGCUUGUUCAAUAGUUACCUGUUGAUGGAAAGUUAGUGAAAUAAUCUGCCGUGGAAUGAAACGUUCCUCCCAGAUUAUAACUCAGAAUAAUAUCCCAAGACCCAUGAAAGUGACUGUUUUUCAAACUAAAUCAUCUUUGAUUUAGGUUGUUGUUUUAGGAAGGUGACAAUGUUAUGAUUGAUAUUAUAACUUAAAAUGUGUGAAAAAUGUUUUGUCUCAGAUUAUUUAAGGAAUUAUAGACGUCAAACAAGCUCCUGUUUCUUGUUAGUGAGUUUUAAUCUUAAGUGUAAUAAGAUAUUUGAA